CCGAUUCAUGGUUGCUAUGCCGAUGCUGACAACCUUUCUUGCUUAACCAAACAAUACCGUGAUACCCAAACAUGGAUACCAAGAAGGUCGAUUACUCUCACCAAGAAUACCUUUCCGAUGACAAGGUCGGGACCCCUCCCAUCUCGGACCACGAUGUACCUUCAUUCGUCAAUGGCCGACCGGUAGGCGUCAUGACGGCAGAGGAGAAACAUGCCGCUCUCGAACAAGCUCAGCUCGAAGACCCCGGAGUUCCAUACUCGGACCCGCGUUUCAUAUGGUAUAUCUUGACCGUCCUCUGUGUCUGUCUGUGUGGAGGAGACAGCGGUUUGGAUGCCACGGUCAUGAGUUCAGUCAACUCGAUGACACAAUACAAGAAGUACUUUGGUAUCGGUGCCAACGACACCGCGGCCGCGAGGACCGGUAUCGUCUUCGGAAUGUACACCAUCGGGGGAGUUGUCGGUUUCAUCCCUUCCUCGACGAUGCCCGACUUGAUCGGACGUAAAUGGACCAUGGUCACCGCCAACGUAGUCUUGACGGUCGGAGCUCUUCUCACUGCAAAUGCGAGGAAUAUGGGCAUGUUCUUGGCCGGUCGAUUCCUCACUGGUCUGGGAUGCACCACCGCCGCUGCCGCCGCCAAGAGUUAUAUGGCCGAAAUCACCAACCCCAAACGUCGAGGUCUUUACAUGGGAACACUAAACUCUUUCUACUACAUCGGUCAAAUUCUCGCUUCCGGUAUCACCAUCCCUACCGGUCGAUACACCAACGACUGGUCUUGGAGGGCGCCUCUCUAUGUCCAAGGUCUUCCGGCCAUGAUCAAUGCUGUCGGGAUGAUCUUUGCCGAGGAAUCGCCUCGAUGGUUGUACGCCCAUGGAAAGCGAGAACAAGCGCUCCGAAUCUUGGCCAAGUUCCAUUCGCGGGACAACGACAUCAACUCGCCCAUGGUCAAGAUUCAGGUCGCCGAGAUCGAAGAGGCCAUCUCCCUCACCGGAUCCGACAAGCGAUGGUGGGACUUCUCUAGGCUCGUAGCAACCAGUGCCAGUCGAUACAGGUUGUUCUGCGCCUUCUUGCUUAGUAUCUACGGACAGCUUGCUGGUAACGGUCUUAUCACUUACUUCUUGCCAACUCUGCUUGGAUUGGCCGGUAUCACUUCUCCGGAUAGGCAACGAGUCUUGAACUUUGUCAACAGUGUCACCAGCAUGUUCGGUGCUGCUACCGGUACCGUCAUCGUCGACAGGGUCGGACGGAGAAAGCUCAUGCUUUUCGCCCUGAUGAGUUGUGUCGGAUGGCUCACCCUGGUCACCAUCCUCCUCUCCCCGGUCGGCAACGAAAGCAACUCUCGAGCGAGCGCGGGUAUCGCCUCCAUCUACCUGUUCAUGGUCUUCUUCUCCCUCGGUAUCACUCCCUUGCAAGGUCUCUACCCCGCCGAAGUAUUCAGCUACGAGAACAGAGCAAAGGGUCUGGCCAUGCAGGGUCUGCUCACCAACGGAGUCUCUUGCAUCAACACCUUCGCCUUGCCCACCGCCUUGCUCAAACUGGGCUGGAAGACGUACAUCAUCUUCGCCAUCUUCGAUUUCGUCGGAAUCUUCGUCGUAUGGUUCACCAUGGUCGAGACGAGGAGGCUCACGCUGGAGGAGAUCGACGCCGUCUUCUUGCAAGGAAACGCAAGGAAGAGGUCUAUCGAGUUGGCCAAGCACAAGAGCAAGGCGGCGCACGACAACUCAUAGGGGUCGUCGUCAAUGUAACAAUGUACACAUUUACACCUUACACGGCUCAAGGUCGUGAUAGUCAACGGUUCCACGGGACCUAAGGGAUACCUGCUCGGAUCGCAUCGGUUGUUAGUUAAUCUAUAGGUCAAAAGUUGUUUGUGAAAUUGUAAUGCACCAAGUACCAAAGUCUGGUUAUCGAGUGAAAGAGAUGAAUACGUUCGAACCUG